AUGACGGCGAGAUCGCCGGGAACGGCAGGAGGAACCGCUGUCGCGGCUCCAGCACGGCACCGUACGCAGAUCGUGGUGGCUGCGCUACGGCCACGGUCGACAGGGCCGCUUUUCGCGCUGCCGGCGGUUGCAGGCGAUCUAGCGCUCGCGAGCCGCGACGCGCUGGUGCAUGCAGAUGACUGCAGCAACGCGGGGCCGGAAGUGACGAAAGAGCGGCUCGAGUCAUGGCUGCAGCGAUCGGCCGCGGAGAUUAUCGGCCACCUGGACGAAGCGCCAUUCUUCCACCUUAUCUUCGACGGCCCCGCGCACCAGAACCCUGCGCACGAGCAUCCCGCGCACGAGCAUUCCGCGCACGAGCAUUCCGCGCACGAUCACCCCGCGCACGAGCACGCCCUUUCUGCGCUACACCACUCUCCCAGCACGGCAUUCCAACGGCUACCGGAAGGCGUCGUCGAGCACCCCGACAGCUGGUCCACCGUCAGGAAAACCGUCGCCGGCGACAAUCCUGACGGCCUCAUCCUGGUGCACCGGCUAGAUCCGACGGAUCUGACGCGGCGAUACGGCGACGAGAUGGCGGGCGUGGUAGAGCAGCCGUUACCGCCCGCAGGGCCGGGAAGUGUGUGUCAGACGGGCGUGUGGGGGCUAGUGGUGCUGGGGCGAUCGAGCCACCGGCACGCGUGCUAUAUUCUUAAGACGACUCGCUGCUCCGCGGCCUCCUCCUUGACCGCGACACGGUUCUCCAUCACGCGCGCGCGGUGCUUCGGACCCGGCGUGCACCAGCAGCUCGAAAACGCAUGGCUCGCGAGUAGAUAG